GAGAAAGGAGGUAAGAGGGAGAAAGAAUGCCCAUGUGUGCAUGAGUGAGAGAAGAAGAAGAGGAGGGGCAAGAGCGAGAGAAGAGGCGUGCGCAGUCCUCACUCGUCCAUCCUUCUAUGUUGCGUAGCGAGGUGUGCGCUGUUCUAACAAUCAGUUCCUUCUCUUAUCCCCGGUGCCAGCACAUGGAGAAGAUGGGCACCUGCAUUUCCUGGAUGAUUCAACAUCUCUCGGUACCUACUACUAGAGCAUGAUAAGGAGGCUCCCCUGUUGGCUGAGCUCCAGCACAACCACUGCACCCCUUUUCUGUCCUCAGGUGCUCGCUGUCCUCCUGUUCGAGCUUACUAAGCCACGCUGCACUAGAGACCCGAGAGAGGGAUCCACCCCAGGCUGCCCAGUGCGUCUGCCUCCUGAGACCACCAAUAUUUAUAGACUGUGUGUUGUUCGCGUUUUAACACAAGUUACCAAGUGAGAGGAUGCCAUGAGAGUGAAGCCAGGAAAGAAAGGAGUCCUUGCUGCAACGGAAGUCGGAGCCACUUCCCGGAUGCUAACAAGGUUAUUCUGUUGCCACUGAAGACUGUCUCUGCUCUCUCAUUCCCUUCCCCCUCCUGCAUGAUCCGAUAAUGGACAACACACUUUAUGAGCCACGAUGUGCGAUGCUGAAAGCGCCAGCACUAAUCCUCAUGUGUAAGACUCUAAGCUAGGAGACGGUUUUUUGGGGAGUGACCUUUAAAUGAGACGAGGAGAACAACGGGGCAAGAAGGAAAAAAGAGAAUAACUAAUAGUGAUGGAGGCUGCUGGAGUGGAGGAUUCCUCUGACAGACUCGGUGCACCUGAGAACUCCACGUCUGCUGUGGAUCCUUCCUCCGAAGACCUUUCUGAAGCAUGUCCCGAAGAGGCUCUUGAAGAAGUUAAGCUGGAGGAAGAGAAGCUUGAAGAGGAAGAAGAGGUAGUAGUUGAUGAGAAUAGAGAGAACCAAGGGCUGCUGGGAUGCCUAGGGUUGACAGCUGCUUCCUGCUGUGUCUGUAUGGAGCUGGAACAAGUGCGUAACUGUGUGCGUUCAGAGAAGAUCUGCAUCCUGCCCAUCUUGGCAUGUUUGCUGAGCUUAGCACUUUGCACUGCUGGCCUAAAGUGGGUCUUUGUGGACAAAAUCUUUGAGUAUGAACCCCCAACUCACCUGGAUCCCAAACCUAUUGGUCAGGACCCUAUCAUUAUUGAUGCAGAUCCCACAAUGGGACUACCUGUGUCAUUUUCACGCCCCACCUCAUCUCAAGCCCCUGUCCCAGCCGCCACUACUAAAAUCCCUGCACACCCUGAGGUGUUUGUAGAGGAUGAUUCUACAGCAGCUCCUCUUGCACCUGCCUCGCCCAAGGUGACCCGCUCUAUGCCCACCUCGAAAGUGACUACCCGCUUAAACCCGGCCUCUCAGCCAACCCCCAGAACUACAUCAGAACCUGGCAGGAACAACACACCAAGUCAACGUGAAUCUAACAACAUAGUUACUAAAACAUCGCCCAUCAGCACCACAGCGUCAGCCAAGACGUCUAGUCAUAUGAUGCGUUGCAAAGAAGAAGACAGGAGCUACUGCGUGAACGGGGGCGAGUGCUUAACCGUGAACGUCACACCCAACAGCACCAAACACCUCUGCAGGUGCCUUCCAGGAUUCACAGGGAUCCGCUGUGAAAUCACAGAACCUGUCAGAGUCUCGAACCAAGAACAACAUCAUGGGAUUGAAUUUAUGGAAGCUGAGGAGCUGUAUCAGAAACGCAUAUUAACAAUAACAGGCAUCUGCAUUGCUCUCCUAGUUGUUGGCAUCAUGUGUGUGGUGGCAUACUGCAAAACAAAGAAACAGAGGCAAAAGCUGCAUGAUCGCUUGAGGCAGAGUUUACGAAAGCGUAAUGCCAUGGCUGACAUAGGCAAUGGCUCACAGUAUCCCCAAAACCUCCACCAACCACCGCAAAGCCUGCAGCUUGUUAAUCAGUAUGCAUCGAAAAACACCGUCCCUGCUGAGCAUGUGAUCGAGAAAGAAACGGAAACUUCAUUUACCCUGAGCCAGUACACAUCACCGACUCAGCCUUCCACUGCCGUCACGGCUAGCCUCAACCAAUGUUGUAAUAAAAAGCCAGAGAACGUGGUGUCUGACACUCGUACGAUCUCUGGAGCACAAAACAGCCGGAAUGGCACUCCGAGCCACCGUGGGCGUCUAAAUGCCACCGGAGGAGCCCGAGAUGUCAACACCUAUGUCAAAAACCCCAGAGAAACAACAGAUUCCUACAAAGACUCUCCGUAUAGUGAGAGGUUUGUUUCGACCGUGACAACACCGACACGCCUCUCGCCUGUGAAGUUGCUUUCCCCAGCAACGCCCUCCUCUCCUCCCUCUGAAAUGUCAGUGCCUCUCCCCAGCCUGGCAACCUCUAUCCCUUCCAUGGCGAUGAGUCCGUUGGGUGAGGAGGAACGCCCUUUGCUGUUCCUCACGCCCCCGCGGCUCAGAGAGAAAUCAGAGUCCACCCGAGCCCAGCAGCUCCGCAACUCGGCCCACUACAACCACGGCCUGGAUGAGAUGAGCCCUCCACCCAGCCCGCUGCACAUCCAGGAGGACGAGCAGCAUGAGAGCAUGCAGGAGGACAACUCUGUACCCUGUGCCCAACCCACAACGGCUACUCAUAGCCCCACGGCCAUGCACAACUCUAAAAGAACAAAAGCCGGAUCUCAGAACAGUCAGGAUGAGCAGAGCAGAAGCAGCUCUGAAAGCAGCAGCUCAGAAAGCGAGGCAGAGGAAGAGCGCAUGGCCGAGGACACACCGUUCCUCAUACAGAACGCUGGGGUUGCAGGCAUCACUGUGCUGGGGCUGGAGCUGGUAGAUAGCAGCAGGACUAACACCGCACUGCGCCUCUCCCCACAAGACGAUCUACAGAGCAGACUAGCCAGUGUAAUGGCUAACCAAGAUCCGAUUGCUGUGUAAAAGUGAACAUACCAUAGGGAAAAAAAAAAGUAAAAAGGAUACUAAGAGUAAACACUAAACAUUUAUUUUCUAUAAAUUAAGUAUUUGAGGAAAAUUAAAAAAUAACUUUUAUUUUAGUUAUGUAGUGCAAAAAGUCUUUUAUAAAUUAAAUGUGUAUAUAAUGUGUUUGCUUCUUGAAAAAAAGUGCCAUUUGUUAUAUAUAUGUAUGUAUGUAUAUAUGGUCUCAGUAUUUCAAAGGCAGAAACAAUAUCAAUGGUGCCUUUAAUUUCAGCAUGGAGAACGAAAGGAAUCUGCGUUACGACACUGAGCUAUAUAUUCAUGACCUUGAGCCAGCAACCAGCACUGCUGCAAUCCACAAUCGGCAUUAUGAAGUCUACAGUAACAUUAAAAAAAAAAAAGAAAGAAAGAAAGCAGUAAAAAAAAAAAGAAAGAAAAACGAAUCUCAAACUGAAUUAAUAUUCUUUCUCAGCUGGUCACAAGGUUAUUAAAGCUCAGCACUAAAAAUCUGAGUUAGUAAUUGGGCAUGUGAAAGCUACGAGUCAAGCCAGUUGAAUUUGUCUAGUUUGCCUGUUACUGAAUGAAUAUAUGGCUCACUAUGUCAAUAAUUCAACACAUCCGUUGGCUUUACAGUAAUGCAUUGUGGGGAAGGUACAGCACCAGUUAUAACAGCUGGUCUACACAGUGUAAAUGCCAGAAAAAUGUACGCAUUCGCCCAUCCGUAAUCUUGUACGAUGUUCUAUUAUUUCCAAAGUGUCUGUUGUAUUUUCUUUUACAGAUGUGAUCACUUGUGUAACAGGUUCACUCGCUUAACUGUAUUUUGCAGCCGAAAAAAAUUAUCUCAGACAAAAAACACCACACAUCUGAGUGGCAAACGCAGACACUAACUUAUACUGAAUGGUGGAUAAAAUGCCUCUGAAUACUACUUCACUUUAUAAAUCUCUGUAUUGUACCUGUUUAGUGUGUCAGAAGCCAGAAAGUCUUAAAUAAUAUUUCUUCAAAUUAUUGCUUUUUUUUUUUUUUUCCCCCCCAUUUUAACAAAAAUACCCUAAAUCACUCCUUUCUGUUUGCUUCAGGAUUUUUUAUUUAUUUAUAUAUUUUUGAAAGAAUGCUCAACCAUUUCUGCAGGAUUUCAUACCAGUACCAUUUUUUUUGUUUGUUUGUUUUCUUCCUGAGAUCAAAAAAAAAAAGAAAAGAAAAGCCAUCACAAAAUCUGGCCCAUUUACAUUCUUCAUUUUAUGGUAUUUAUUUUGUCUGUUAUUUAUUUAUUUAUUUAUUUAUUACUUUGGCCUUCUAUAGUCAGUCAAAUAUAGUCUAUAUUUUAAUAGUGCUGAAAAUAUACGUUUAAAUAUAUAUAUAUAUAUAUAUAAAUAUAAAUAAUCAGUAUAUGUAAGACUGGACUCACUUUUUCACCAUUCCAUUAUAUUCCCACGUUUGUUUUUUGUUUUUUUUUUAAAGUUGGAGGCCUAGUGUAAAAUUGCAAUAUGAAUAAAUUUACAGCUGAUUAUAUUCUCAUUGUACGGCUAUAUCAUCUUAAAACAUUAAACCACAGAGAGCCUCUUGAAAAUACCCCAUGAUGCAUUGCUUUCAAACCAAGGAGUGUCUGUCAGAUGCGCCUGUCUGUAAAUACGCCUCCAACAGCUUGGGUUCUUUCGUUUACGCAAGACAAUUACAGCAAGGUUUGUGUUUUUGACCCACUUCCUUAACAAUUUCUAUCUCAACACUGAUAUUUUGUGACUUGACUGUAGCUAAUUAUACACAAAAUCUUUAUUGUUUUAUUUUUUAUCAUCAUUAUUAUUAUUAUUAUUAUUUGCAAAGGACAGACUGUAUGUUAAUUUUUUUUCUUUUUCAUAUAAAUGACAUGUAAAAUGAUAUGUUAAUUCUUACUGGGUCUCUGUGUCAGCGUGGUCGGUUAUGACUGCGCUGUGCAAACACCAUUACAACUGCAAGAGAAACACAAAAUAAACCAUAGUCAAGAUAACUGCAUGAACACACAAAAAGACAAUUGCAGGCAUGUAUUGCACUAAAUGUGCAUGAUCACCGAUGUCAGUCGAAGCCAUUGCAGUAGUCACAGACUUGCAGGUCUCACUACUCUUCUACGUUUCAUUAAAGAACUCUCCAUGUU